AUGGGGAUUGCCGCCGCCUCGCGCCGACGCACCUCAGAUGACUCGUUUCAAGGUCCCCUCCAGCCUGCCUGUUUGGCGGAGGCGGACGGGCAAACAAGACGCGGCGUCGCAAACGUUUGCCAAUUGAAGCCCGUUCUUUGCUUCUUUGUUGGACGUGCCUUUGGUGAAGAUCAAUCCCGACUUCCCGUUCUCGACGUUUCAACGAGCUCCAGCGCCUCGGAAAGUCUAUCCCCGCGCUGGGCGCCCCCCACCCGCCCAGACAACCUUGGAUCCGUCUCCCGUGCGUCUGCCCAACCUGGAAGUUUGCCAUCUGCGCGAGCGGGCGCCUCCCUCGGCAGUUGA